AUGUCCGUCUCACCUGCUGUGCUGCGCCGCUUGAUGCGCGAGCUGAACGAACUCCGAACUAACCCUCCGGAAGGGAUCCGCGUGGUCACCAAUGAGGACAAUAUGCUCGACGUGACGGGCAUCAUCGAGGGACCUGAAGGGACACCAUACGAGGGGGGCUACUUCAGAGUGAAGUUCAAGUUUACCGAGGAGUUCCCUGCAGCUCCACCCAAGUGUUGGUUUGCCACUAAAAUCUUCCACCCGAAUGUGUCUUCUGCAGGAGAGAUCUGUGUCAACACCCUGAAGAAAGACUGGAAGUCAACAUAUGGAAUUGGGCAUAUAUUGGUUACCGUCAAGUGUCUCUUGAUCUACCCAAACCCCGAGUCUGCGUUGGACGAAGAGGCGGGUAAACUCUUGCUCGAAAACUAUGACAGCUACUGCGAGAGGGCGAAGUUGAUCACCAGUGUUCAUGCUACUCCAAGGGUGCGUCCAACAGAGUUCAACACUCCCUCUUCCUCCUCAACGGCAGACUCAGUGGUUGUUUCAACAUCGAAGCCGACACCCUCCAAACUUGCGACAACGUCUGUGGUAACUCCCGUCCCACCUCCACCAAACGUUGCGCACAAGUCAUCGUCUCCCGAAAAUACCGUCCCUUCGCGUGCCAUGCAUUCCUCCACCCCGAACACCUGCCCAUCACUGGACUCCGAAAAGGGCGUGAACAAGGAGCGGCUCACCUCGCCCUCGCCUCUUGGCACGGCGGACUCCAAUGUUGCCGCGGUAAACGCCACGCCGGCGACGAAAGCGGUCAAGCGAUCUGCAGUGACGAGCGGGGCGGGGGGCGAGAAACGGAAGAAGGCACUCAAGCGCCUGUGA